ACGAACAUGUUUUAACAAAUUUGCAUUAAUGGCACUCUUCGAUUGUUCGAGGAAAAUGCAAAAAGUAGACAUCUAGUCACCUGUCACAAACAUCAUUACGGAUUUAUUUAGCUUGCACUCUAAUCAAUACUUUUCGUGACAGCGGGCCCAAGUAUCCCACGGCUGAGGUUUCUGGCAAUGGAAACCUUUCGAUGCGAAAGCGACCAGCACUAGAUGAACUUCAACGGUUCUGAUUCAAUGAUUUAACCUUCCUCGAGAGAGAGGGUGGCACUGUAGAAGCGCGAACCUGUAAUAAGGGGGAUGGCGGAAGCUCAAUGAGUGACACUGAGCGUAAGGAAGAAGAAGAAGAAGAAGAAGACGAUGCAUGGAUCUUUUUGUCUCCCUCCGACCUCUGCUGCUCUCUGGUCUCUGAGUACUCCAUCCUCGAUCAAAGAUUGCACGAGGGCUUCGGGAAAUAACCAGUGCGUUGCCAAACAGCGACGAGUUGGGAUAGCCCAUGGAUUACAAAGUUCACAUGGGAAUCACACAUUCCUGCCCCCAUCAAGCAUCUCAAUGCACUGGAGAGUGAAGCACACUUCUGCAAUCUCUGCUCUUGUGACUGACAGUAGCUCUACAAUGACUUUGGAGGAAGAUACUGAAGAUAUUGGUAUUUUGAGCACUGAUCCUGGCUUGCAACCAUUCAAAGGUCACUUCAAAUUUAGAGUGAAGAGAUAUGUAGAUCAAAAAAAUCUUAUUGAAAAAUAUGAAGGAAGUUUGGAGGACUUUGCACAAGGCUACACAAAAUUUGGAUUUAACAAGGAAGAAGGUGGAAUCAUCUACCACGAAUGGGCCCCUGCUGCGCAGGAAGCACAAAUAAUUGGGGACUUUAAUGGAUGGAAUGGUUCCAACCACAAUAUGGAGAGGAAUCAAUUUGGUGUUUGGAGUAUCAAGAUUCCUGAUUCUGGUGGAAACCCAGCAAUUCCUCACAAUUCAAGAGUCAAGAUUCGAUUGAAGCAUGGUAAUGGAGUUUGGGUUGAUCGAAUACCUGCUUGGAUCAAAUAUGCAACUGUGGACCCAACAAGAUUUGCAGCACCAUAUGAUGGUGUUUAUUGGGACCCGCCAGCUUCUGAAAGAUAUCAGUUUAAGUAUCCACGUCCUCCAAAACCAAAAGCUCCACGAAUAUAUGAGGCUCAUGUUGGAAUGAGUAGCUCUGAACCCCGUGUAAAUUCAUACAGAGAGUUUGCAGAUAACGUUUUGCCACGCAUUCGGGCAAAUAACUACAACACUGUCCAGUUGAUGGCUGUAAUGGAACAUUCCUACUAUGCAUCAUUUGGUUAUCACGUUACAAACUUUUUUGCUGUGAGCAGUAGAUCUGGAACUCCUGAGGACCUCAAAUAUUUGAUUGAUAAAGCCCAUAGCUUAGGUUUGCAGGUCUUGAUGGAUGUUGUUCACAGUCAUGCAAGUAACAAUGUUACUGAUGGCCUCAAUGGCUUUGAUGUUGGCCAAAGCUCACAGGAUUCCUACUUUCAUACAGGAGAUCGAGGCUACCAUAAGUUAUGGGAUAGCCGUCUUUUUAACUAUGCUAAUUGGGAAGUUCUUCGCUUCCUUCUAUCUAAUUUGAGGUGGUGGAUUGAAGAGUUCAAAUUUGAUGGGUUUCGAUUUGAUGGAGUAACUUCAAUGUUGUAUCAUCACCAUGGAAUCAACAUGGCAUUUACAGGGGAUUAUAAUGAGUACUUCAGUGAGGCAACUGAUGUUGAUGCUGUAGUAUAUUUGAUGCUGGCAAAUUGUCUGGUUCAUAAUGUCUUACCAGAUGCGACUGUAAUUGCUGAGGAUGUCUCUGGCAUGCCUGGGCUCAGUCGGCCUGUCUCCGAGGGAGGAAUUGGUUUUGAUUACCGUUUGGCAAUGGGCAUUCCUGACAAGUGGAUUGACUACUUGAAGAACAAAAAUAAUGAGGAGUGGUCAAUGAAGGAAAUAUCAUGGAGCUUGACAAAUAGGAGAUAUUCUGAGAAGUGUAUUUCUUAUGCUGAGAGUCAUGACCAGGCCAUUGUGGGUGACAAGACUAUUGCAUUUUUCCUUAUGGAUAAAGAAAUGUAUUCUGGCAUGUCUUGCUUGACAGAAGCUCCUCCUACCAUAGAGCGAGGUGUGGCACUUCACAAGAUGAUUCAUUUUAUAACUAUGGCAUUAGGAGGUGAAGGCUAUCUUAACUUCAUGGGAAAUGAGUUUGGCCACCCUGAAUGGAUUGACUUCCCAAGAGAAGGUAAUGGCUGGAGUUAUGAAAAAUGCAGACGGCAAUGGGACCUGGUGGAUGCAGACCACUUGAGAUACAAGUUCAUGAAUGCAUUUGACAGGGCUAUGAAUUUGCUUGAUGAAAAAUUUUCAUUCCUUUCCUCAAGCAAACAAAUUGUGAGCAGCACAAACGAAGAAGAUAAGGUCAUUGUGUUUGAGCGUGGAGACCUGGUUUUUGUUUUCAACUUUCAUCCAGACAAUACAUAUGAAGGGUACAAAGUUGGGUGUGAUUUUCCAGGGAAGUACAGAGUUGCACUGAGUAGUGAUGCUUGGGCUUUUGGUGGGCAUGGAAGAGUGGGCCAUGAUGUAGACCAUUUCACAAACCCUGAAGGAAUACCUGGAGUGCCUGAAACUAAUUUCAACAACCGUCCCAACUCCUUCAAAGUACUCUCGCCAGCAUGCACAUGUGUGGUUUAUUACAGAGUUGAAGAAAAUUCAGAGGAAACUGAUGAUUGCGAGUUCACAGAUGCUAAUGAGAAAGCAGCAGCAGACAUGGUGGCCACCGAGGAGAGCUUGGAAAAAUCUGCAUCUGUUGAAGAACAUAUUUUCUCAAGCAAGAGAGGUCUAGCUAAAGAAACAGGGGAAGGCACAUCAAAUGACUGAAUCUCUUUGGCAGUUCUUAGCAUCUUGUACCAUAGAGCAUUUCAGCUGUCCAAUAAAUCCUGUCAAUAAGAGCAUACAUGAAGAUUUUGCCCUCAUGUCUGUUUGAAACUCAGAAAAAUAUUAAGGAAUCUACAAUUUCUUGCUUGGUUAUGAAGAAAAGUUAGAAAGAAAAAAAAUAUAUACAAAAUUUUUAGAACAGAA